UAUAUAUACGCCAAGUUGGACACGCUGUAAUCCCCACCCGAAUCCAAAUCUAUUAGAAGAGCCGGGGCGAUCGAAGGGGGGGAAAAGAUCUCAUUUUUCCUCCAGCAAUGGCUUCCAUGGCCGCCUUCAUCGCCGUCGUAGCCCCAAAUUCUCUCCACUCGAUCUCCAAUCCUCUUAGGCCGCAGCUCCCUGCUCGCCUCCGCCGCGCGCUGCCCCCACCCGUCCCCGUCCCCGUCCCCUUCGCCAUCGGCAAAGGCCGGAGCACUGCCCUCCGCCGCGCCGCCUCCUGCAGCCUGAUCGAACCCGACGGCGGCACGCUGGUGGACCUCGUUGCGCGGGAGGGCCCGGCGAGGGAGGCGCUCCGCCGGGAUGCGGCGCGGUGCCCGCAGAUCAAGCUCUCGAGGAUCGAUCUCGAGUGGGUGCACGUGCUCAGCGAAGGGUGGGCGAGCCCGCUUUGCGGGUUCAUGAGGGAAGCUGAGUUCCUCCAAACACUUCAUUUCAACUGUCUUCGCCUCGGAGACGGGUCCAUCGCCAACAUGUCGGUCCCGAUAGUGCUCGCGAUCGACGACGCCCAGAAACGGGCCAUUGGCGACCGCCGCAGGAUCGCGCUUGUUGACGCCCGGGACAAGCCGGUCGCCAUCUUGAGCGACAUUGAGAUCUACAAGCAUAACAAAGAAGAACGCAUUGCAAGAACAUGGGGAACAACAGCUCCUGGGCUGCCAUAUGUCGAGGAAGCAAUAACAAACGCUGGAAACUGGCUAAUUGGUGGAGACUUAGAGGUUAUAGAACGAAUUAAGUACAAUGAUGGUCUUGAUAAAUACCGCCUAUCGCCAGCUGAACUCCGAGAAGAAUUUUCUAGGCGCAAUGCAGAUGCAGUAUUUGCCUUCCAGCUGCGCAAUCCCGUACAUAAUGGCCAUGCCUUGCUUAUGACAGACACUCGUAGAUGCCUUCUUGAAAUGGGCUACAAAAACCCAAUUCUUUUGCUUCAUCCCUUGGGAGGCUAUACGAAAGCGGAUGAUGUACCCCUUCAUUGGAGAAUGAAGCAACAUGAGAAGGUUCUCGAGGAUGGUGUUCUUAACCCGGAGACUACCGUUGUUGCGAUUUUCCCUUCCCCCAUGCACUAUGCUGGCCCAACUGAAGUUCAAUGGCAUGCAAAAUCACGCAUAAAUGCUGGUGCAAAUUUCUACAUUGUGGGCAGGGACCCAGCAGGUAUGAGUCACCCAAUAGAGAAAAGGGACCUUUAUGAUGCUGACCAUGGGAAGAAGGUGCUCAGCAUGGCUCCAGGUCUCGAAAGGCUUAACAUCCUACCGUUCAAGGUAGCUGCCUAUGACAAGAAGCAGAAGAAAAUGGCUUUCUUUGAUCCAUCCAGACAUCAGGAUUUUCUUUUCAUCUCCGGUACAAAGAUGCGGACUCUCGCAAAGAACAGAGAGAAUCCACCAGAUGGCUUUAUGUGCCCGGGUGGAUGGGAUGUAUUGGUCGAGUAUUAUGAUAGCGUGGCUCCACAGGGAGCCAACAAAUUCCGCGAAGCUGUUCCGGCUUGAACCAAGAAAGGUUGCUCAUCAAGCAGCAUAUUGGCUCUCCGUGUAUGAUAAAGAAGUGGCUGAAACCCCUGUACUACUUGCAAUGUGUGUACGUACUUUGUAUGCAAUAAUUCCUUGUGUGUGCAAGCGUGACGAUGAAGAACUUGAUGAAGCUGUGAACUGUUACCACAGCAUGUAUGUACAGACUCUGCAUUCACUGACUUACGUGUGCUGUGUGAAGCAAUGGCUGCAAUAAAAUGUGUACAAACACCGAUAUCCAUUGCAACA